AAACAAGAGUACUACUCAUCCAAAUUACAGUCUAGCCACGUGCAACCAGUCUUUCCUUCACCACACUACUCACGUGUCACCAUUGCUGUAAAUCAUUCACCUACUACUACUUUUUACCAUACAUCAAACAUAGAAAAAACUCUCUCUCAAUUUUCCAUUCCAACAAAAUAAAACAAAUCUCACUCAUUUUCACCCCUCAUAACAUCUUCAACAAUCACACAAAAUUAACUCAUGCCAAAUCAAAAACAUGUCUGAUCCUUCAACUUCCACCACCCCAUUACAACAUCCAUCAAUCCACCCCGACCAACAACACAACCUACACCUCAUCCACAACAUCACCACCACCACCACCACCGCACAUCAACAACAACCACCACCACAUCCACCUUCCUCCACCAGAGAAUACCGCAAAGGCAACUGGACCAUCCAAGAAACACUCAUCCUCAUCACAGCCAAGAAACUAGACGAUGAACGCAGACUAAAAAACCCUUCAACUUCCACAACCCCAUCAUCAUCCUCACAAGACCCCAACAGACCAACCAACACUGCAUGUCUCACCGGCAUUGCAAGUCCUAGCAGCAGCUCAACCAGCAGGAACAGCGGCGAACUGAGAUGGAAAUGGGUUGAGAACUAUUGCUGGAGUCAUGGCUGUUUGAGAAGCCAGAAUCAAUGUAAUGAUAAAUGGGAUAACUUGCUUCGUGAUUACAAAAAAGUUCGUGAUUAUGAGUCCAAAUCAGAAUCAUCACCCAAAGAUCAUUUUCCUUCUUAUUGGAUUCUCAAUAAACAACAACGCAAAGAACAGAAUCUUCCUUCUAAUAUGGUCUUUGAAAUUUAUCAAGCUAUAUCUGAAGUUCUUCAAAGAAAACAAACACAAAGAAUAAUCACCACCCCACAACAACAACAACAACAAGGUUUAGUUACAUUAGUGUCUUCUUCUUCAUUACCAGCACUACCACUGCAAAUUCAACCACAGCUUCUUCCUCCACCACCACCACAACCACAACCACUUCCUCCUCCACUUCCACUACAACAACCACCUCCACCACCGCAUGCUCCGGCAAGCUCCACUACUCCAGCAGUUUCAGAGAGAACAGAAUCAUCAGAUUCAGAGAAGAGCGAGGAAGAUGAAGAUGACGACGGUGGUGGCUCGGAAUCGAAACGUCGGAAAGUAAAGAACCUUGGUUCAAGCAUAAUGCGAAGUGCAUCAGUGUUAGCACGAGCUCUGAGAAGAUGCGAGGAGAAGAAGGACAGAAGACACCGUGAAUUGAUUGAGAUUGAACAAAAACGGAUUCAAAUGGAGGAAGCACGGAACGAGGUUCACCGGCAAGGUAUCGCCACCAUUGUCGCCGCCGUUAGUAACCUUUCCGGCGCCAUUCACUCAUUCAUUAACUCCGAGCACCAUGGUCGAAGAUAAUUAAUAUGCUAGGUUAUCGAUUAUUCAUUCUUUCGCUGUCUUGAAAUUCAAUUGGAGUUUAGUUUAUUUGAGUCACUUUCACCAAUUGAUCCAUCCAUUAUUAUUCCUUGUAUUCAUUGUUGAUUAAGACGUAGU